CUCGCUUUCCGCAAACGUGGACGCGAACCCGUCGUGAAGCCUCCUCCUCCUCAUCCAAUCCACCUCCCCCCUCUCUUUCCCAAUCCCCACUGCUGCUUCCGUCCGCUUCCGAUUCCAAGUUUCCAACUCCCUCCAUUGCUCGCCUCGCCGCGCCGCGCGCUACCUAAACCCCGCGGCGAGGCUUUAGGGUAGAUGCGAGAGGAGGCCGCGUGGACGGCGGCGCGCAUCAUCAGCGCGUGAUGGGGAACACGUGCGGCGUCACGCUUAGAUCCAAGUACUUCGCCAGCUUCCGCGGCGCGUCGCAGCGGCAUGAUGAGGCGGGGUACGCGCCCGUCGCCACCAGCGCCGCCGCCGCCGCCGCCGCCGAUGAGCCGGCCGGGAAGAAGGCCCCGCGCGGUUCUGCGGCGGCGGCGGACGCGCCGCACGCCGCGUCCAUGAAGCGCGGGGCGCCCGCGCCCGCGGAGCUGACGGCCAACGUGCUCGGGCACCCGACCCCGAGCCUGAGCGAGCACUACGCGCUCGGGCGCAAGCUCGGGCAGGGGCAGUUCGGCACCACCUACCUCUGCACCGACCUCGCCACCGGGGUGGACUACGCCUGCAAGUCCAUAGCCAAGCGGAAGCUCAUCACCAAGGAGGACGUCGAGGACGUCCGCCGCGAGAUCCAGAUCAUGCACCACCUCGCGGGCCACCGGAACGUCGUCGCCAUCAAGGGCGCCUACGAGGACCCGCAGUACGUUCACAUUGUGAUGGAGCUCUGCGCCGGGGGCGAGCUGUUCGACCGCAUCAUCGAGCGCGGGCAAUUCAGCGAGCGCAAAGCGGCCGAGCUCACGCGAAUCAUCGUUGGUGUCAUCGAGGCGUGCCACUCGCUCGGGGUUAUCCAUAGGGAUCUCAAGCCCGAGAACUUCUUGCUGGCGAAUAAAGACGACGAUUUGUCGCUCAAGGCCAUCGAUUUCGGCUUGUCUGUGUUCUUCAAGCCUGGUCAAGUUUUUACUGAUGUUGUUGGAAGCCCAUACUACGUGGCCCCAGAAGUGUUGCGUAAAUGCUACGGACCAGAAGCUGAUGUUUGGACAGCUGGUGUGAUUCUUUACAUACUAUUAAGUGGUGUACCGCCAUUUUGGGCAGAGACGCAGCAAGGGAUAUUUGAUGCAGUGUUAAAAGGUGUAAUUGAUUUUGAUUCCGAUCCCUGGCCUGUGAUUUCUGAUAGUGCAAAGGAUCUUAUAAGAAGAAUGUUGAAUCCUCGCCCCAAGGAGCGCCUAACAGCUCAUGAAGUUUUAUGUCAUCCGUGGAUUUGUGACCAUGGAGUCGCUCCUGAUCGACCUCUUGAUCCUGCUGUACUUUCUCGCAUUAAGCAGUUUUCAGCAAUGAAUAAGUUAAAGAAGAUGGCUUUGCGAGUAAUUGCUGAAAGCCUUUCAGAGGAGGAGAUUGCAGGAUUGAAGGAAAUGUUCAAGGCAAUGGACACAGAUAAUAGUGGUGCAAUUACAUAUGAUGAACUCAAAGAAGGCAUGAGAAAAUAUGGCUCAACACUAAAGGAUACUGAGAUUCGUGAUCUUAUGGAGGCGGCGGAUGUGGACAACAGUGGAACCAUUGAUUAUAUAGAAUUCAUUGCUGCUACUCUGCAUCUCAAUAAACUAGAGCGAGAGGAACAUCUAGUGGCAGCCUUUUCUUAUUUCGACAAAGAUGGCAGUGGUUAUAUUACGGUGGAUGAGCUUCAGCAAGCUUGCAAAGAGCAUAACAUGCCAGAUGCUUUUCUCGAUGACGUCAUUAAAGAAGCUGAUCAGGAUAAUGAUGGUCGCAUUGACUACGGGGAAUUCGUUGCCAUGAUGACAAAGGGCAAUAUGGGUGUUGGGAGGAGAACAAUGAGAAACAGCUUGAAUAUAAGCAUGAGAUGAGACGCACCUGGUGCACUAUGAAGUCUGAACGUCCACAGUGCAGCUUUGAAACUUCUUCAAUCUCCAUGCUCUAUACGGACACUGCCUGCAAUUUUUGUACGCUGUCAGUUGUAGCCUUGUAGGUGUGGGUAUGUGUUUCAGGUUCAGGGGAUUCUAAUUGUUCAUCUAAUUCAACAGUCGGUAUGUGUUUCAGGUUCAGGGAAUUCUAAUUGUUCAUCUAAUUCAACUGCUCCUGUUAUUUCUACGAAAUGCACGGGGUGGGAAAGUGCCCAUGCCAUGCGCAAACUAGGCUACAAUGUUCAUAUACGUUGCCACAGGGCCUAAUUUCUGCAGUUCGUCA